CAGAGCAGCCGAGGCGACAGGAGGAAGAAAAGGGCAGAGGGAAGUGCGGUGAGAAAAAAAGUUAUUUGCCCGUGAAUCAAAGAGUUUUUCUGCCCGGAGCUGCAGUGGAGGCGAAGGGAAGAGGAAGAGGGAGGCAUAUUCACACGAGGGCUGCAUCGUCUCUCAUGCACUCAAUCACCUGAACGCUCUGCAGCCCUGACAGGCGUUCAUUCAUCGCACACUCUGUGCCCGGUAGCAAAUACAAGCAAACCCACAGGAGAGAGGACAUGAAGACCGGCAAGAAAUCCUUCAUAGCUUUCAUCAAGGAGAGAAAAAUGGGGCUGAAUGACUUCAUCCAGAAGCUGGUGUCUACCCCGCACAUCUGCCAACAUGUUGAAGUGAACAGUCUCCUGAAAAUUGACGAGAAUCAGAAUGAAGAGGUCGACAAUAAUGAACUUGCUGAAAGUCCGAUGUUCCUACAUUCACGAAGUUCACUGGCUGAGGAGACUCAGAUCAAACCCUGUGAUUUUGACUACCUCAAAAUCAUCGGCAAAGGCAGCUUUGGAAGGGUUCUGCUGGCUCGACACAAAGAAUCGACCAAAUACUACGCCGUCAAAGUGCUGCAGAAGAAAAUCAUCAUGAAGAAGAAAGAGCAAAAGCAUAUCAUGGCUGAGCGCAGUGUGCUGAUGAAGAACAUCAAGCACCCCUUCCUGGUGGGACUGCACUACUCGUUCCAGACUACUGACAAACUGUACUUUGUGCUGGACUACGUCAAUGGGGGAGAGCUGUUCUACCACCUCCAGAGAGAGAGGAUCUUCCUUGAGCCCAGAGCCAGGUUUUACGCUGCUGAAAUCGCGAGUGCACUUGGCUACCUCCACUCCCUGCACAUCGUGUACAGGGACCUGAAGCCUGAGAACAUCCUGUUAGACUCACAGGGCCACAUUGUCCUGACAGACUUUGGUCUCUGCAAAGAAGGCCUUGAGCCCAGUGGUACCACAACAACCUUCUGCGGGACACCUGAGUACUUGGCCCCAGAGGUUCUCCAGAAGCAGGCGUACGACCGCACCGUCGACUGGUGGUGCCUGGGAUCUGUGCUCUACGAGAUGCUCUAUGGACUUCCGCCGUUCUACAGUCGCAACACAGCCGAGAUGUACAACAACAUCCUGCACAAGGCGCCGGUGCUCAAGCCAAACGUGUCGAACUCCGGCAGGGAACUGUUGGAGGGGCUCCUGCAGAAGGACCGCACCAAGAGGCUGGGAGUGAAGGAUGAUUUUCUUGAGCUCAAGUACCACUCCUUCUUCUCGCCAAUCAACUGGGAUGACCUGAUGGCCAAGAAGAUCACGCCUCCAUUUGUUCCCUCAGUGACUGGUCCCACAGACCUGCAACACUUUGACCCGGAGUUCACCCACCUGCCCGUGUCCUCGUCCCUGUGCACCGACUCCCUGACGGUGACCAGCAGCGUCAAGGAAGCAGCUGGAGCCUUCCCAGGUUUCUCCUACGCGCCUCCAGCAGAACACUUCUUCAUGUAAACGCCAAUAUCUCUUGUCGAUCUGUUCCAAGAGUGAACGGCAAACGGUGAACGACAAACGCUCUGGAUUGAGAGCCCUUGUUUUUGGCAGAGGGACCACACCGCAGCAGACCGUCUGAGGGGGACACUGCAAUUAAGUCCUGAUAAAUGGAUUUAACUGACAACGAAAGGUGUUUCGACUUGAGGGAUCUCGUGUGGUACUUGAGCGAACAGAUGGGGACUCUCCCGUUUCAACACCACUGUUCCCACUCCUUUGCCUGAAAUACCCCAAACCACAAUAUACUUGUGCCAAGGAUGGAUGCACUCUGGGGUAAUAAAGCAAUCUCUGAUGGCUCUGGACCUCACAGCUACUGGGAAAGUGACAUGAAUAGAAGUGCCUGAGGUUCAAAAGGCAGUUGGGAUGGCGCCGGCGGCAGCAGCUUUGGCCAAGAAGAGACCGUUUUCAAUCAUAAUCCACACGACCAUUUCAUUUGUUUGGACUCUUGUUCGGACCAGGGCGAUAAAGCCGUAAAAAAGGGUGAUGCCUUCAUUAUACGUCUACAUAUGUUAAAGCUGUAUUUAAGUUCACAAUGUGUUGAUAUUUUCCCUGUGAUUGCUCAAUUGCACUUGAGGAACAAGGGUCAAGAAAAGUGAAGCGUUCUGCUUUAAGCAUCAGCAACUUUGCAUUAGACGGCUGCAUAUCUCUCUGUUUCAUAUCUUUACAUAGAUUAAUGGCAUUUCAAUGUUGUACACAAAGCAAUGAUACUUGGACCAAACAGUUAACUUUGGAUAUGCUAAAACAAUUUAACUUAUUUUUGUUGACCCGUUUGUCCUCUAUAAACUGAAGAUCAAAGUUUUACUGUACUGUGUAGAAGAAGAAAAAGUUACAUAUAUUUUAUUACAAAACCAAAAGGUUUUCCUCAUUUUAAUAAUCACUAACAUUCACCGUGUACUUUUAAUACAAGUCUUCAUAUAUUAUUCAUUCCUUAUAAAUGUUUCUUAGUAUAUACAUACUUAGUAUAUACAUAUAUACAUACAUAUAUAUAUACAUAUAUAUAUAUAUAUAUAUAUAUAUAUAUAUACACACACACAUAUACAUAUAUAUAUAUAUAUAUAUAUAUAUAUAUAUAUAUAUAUAUAUAUAUAUAUGACUAGAUUAAAUGAAAUUCUAUUUCCUCUAUGGCAGUUUUAUUUUUUGUUUUACCCCAACUCAUUUUCAUUUGCAACUAGUGACUGUGUUAAUCUAUAUCUGCUGUUUUUAAACUUUAUGUCAGACAUAAUCUCAUUGAGUGUUUAACCAGCAAUAACAGGCCCACAUCAAUAAUAACACAUACACACUGCAUAUCAAUGUUCUUUUGACGUUACUGAUUAAGAGUGAUUGCUGCUUUAUUGCUAGCACUCGGGACAAAACUUUAGAGUCUAAAUGAUCUUGAACUUAUGCAUCAUGUAGAGAAGAACUGUGAAUGUCUUGUGCCUGUCCAAGGCGGCCUGAUCCAUGUUAACUGUAUGCACAUAUCUCUUUACCCUCAACCUCUUGAUCCCUUUUAUUGAAAAUAAUCUGUAUGAAAAAAAAAGUGCUUGGUUAACUCCAGUAACAGUGCUUAGCCACUGGCCUCCUCCUUAACAUGGUUCUGGAAAGUGCAAUAAAAUUGUGUUAACUAAGUUAUGAUCUGACGUUCAUUAAAUUAUCAAGAGUGGAUCUUAAUCCAAACAGACGAAUGACUUUGUUUUGUCCCAUCGAGUUUCAUCAAUUUAGGCUUCUGCAUAAAGAAGAUGCAUUUUCAAGCCUGCUGAAGAAAAACUAAGGCAACACGGCUCAAAAUAAUUUUCUUCCAUAUUUGGAAGCGUUACUUUUCUGUUUUGUAUUUUUUAUGUAUAUUUAUUUCCAUGCCACUGCUACCGUGUAAAGACUUUACAUGAUCAACUGAAAUAUUGAACUGUAAUCUGUGUCAGAAACGGCAAAUAAAAUCUCUAAAUUCAAA